AUGCAGUCCCUCCCUACUGCACACGUCAAGAAGGUACUCCGUAAGGAGCAGCUGCUCCGCUUACGGAGGUGGGCCAAGUCGGAUCCAGCGCAGGUGGUGGCUGCCUCGCAACAGAUCUGCGAUCAUGUGUAUGGCUACAUUCUCGCGCGCUACCGGCCUGGCGCGACCGCUGCCGCUCGUGAAACGUCGUCAUCGUUGCCAUUGGGAGCAGCAGCGGGACCGGAUGCACCGCUACCUGCCCCACUUUCUCCACCACCGCUGCUCGUCCUGGCGUAUCUGCCACUGUACUUUGAGGUGGAUCUUGUGCCGCUCAUGCAGCGUCUGUGGUCAAUCGCGCAUGAGCAAAACAUCCACAUCUUGACGCCUGCAGUGCUCCCAGAGGCGAUGGCAGCUUUGCCGACGGCUGGGGCUGUGCCUGCGCUUUCUGUGAAGCCGACAGCACAACCAGGGUCAUCAGCUCUCUCUAAUCCCUUGCCAGUAGCACUCCCCGCGCCGCACGCCCUCAAGAGUGCGAUGGUCUUUGUCGAGGUGCUGGAUGAACGUGACCUGGCCACAGGCUUCGCCCCACAAGGUGGGUACGGCAUUCGUGAGUUUAACCUCUCUCUCUUGGAGCCCUGGCUACUGGGGCCUUUACACACGUCCACAUUCGGGACGUUAGCUCCUCUCCAUUCGCCGUCGACUUUGGGAGGAGUGAGGGGCGAUGACGAGGACGGCCAUGUCGUGCGCUCGUGCUGCCAUGGUCGCCAGCGUCAUAUGAUUCUCUGCGAUGCCUAUGCACGUUUGUUCCCCGAGUCCCACGCGGCUGGGUAUCGGCCAUCGGGCCUUCUUGAGUACGGCGAUGUCAGUGAAGGCUCAAGCACCCGUUUGAGCCCCAGAGUGCAUGGGGAGGACACGCACAGCUUAUGCAGUCUCGACAAGGCGUCGAUGCUCGUGCUCACGCCUGGUGUACUCUUUGACGUGAGCACCGGUGCCCGCCUCGGCAAGGGCGGUGGCUUCUACGAUCGCUUUCUCAGCUACCACGGCAGUGCGCAUCACAACAGGUUCCCUGCUGACUCCCUCCCGCCCCGUAUCGGAGCACAGGAAGAGGAGGGUGCAGCAGUGGGUAUGGAAGCCGUAGUAGAUGCGCUCCCUCUCUCUCCCUGCGGUGUGUCUUUUCCGAAAUGGGAGGUCAUGGGCCUUGCCUUCGACGAUCAGGUCCUGCACCCUUCUGCAGCGAGUACGUCCGUACCGGUCAGCACUGACUCUGAUAGCUCCAUGCCGUCGCGCAUCCCUGUCGACACGCAUGAUCAACUCAUGCACUUUGUUGUCUCUCCGAGCUGCGGCAUAGAGCAGGUGUGGCAGUACAAGUGA